AUGAUGGCUCCGUUGUUGAGCCCGUCGUCUGCGUCCUCCCAACAAGUUCCUAGAAUAUCACAGCUCCUUCCUACUGUAAAAUGUUCGUCCUGCAAUAAUCCAGUCCCUCUCGCAGAGCUUGGGGACCAUAUCUGCCCAAAGCCCCCACCGCUGCCAACUCAGUCGAAAGCCGCACUCAAUUUGCCAAAGCCUGCGUUGACCCCGUCGGCUGCAACAGCCCUUUUACCGACGCGACUCCAGAACCUGGUCAGCAACCCAAGGUCGCCAUCGCCCGCUAGUUCGGUUUCCUCCAGCUCGCCAAGCGUUGCGUUUCCCCAGAGAAGAGAUUCACCUCGUAUAAACACGAACACGGCGACGUCGCCUCCUCGCAAUGGUCCGUUUCGUGGUUCACCGUCUGCAGGCUCCCCGUUGGAAAACAUGCGUGCCCGCACGCCCUCAAACAACUCGCCGCUGGCCAUGUCGCCUGGCCAUGAUGGGCGUGCCCGCACUUUUUCCAACAUUUCGAACAAUUCUUUGCCCCGCCCAAACCCCAACGCACGCGCUCGAACGCCGUCGGACCAAUCAAGUCGACCUAGCAUGGACGCCCGUGCUCGGACGCCUUCCAACAAUGCCCAGCCCUUCGCUUCAAGUUCCAACUACGGUGGCCCUCCCCCGAUGAUGCAGCCUCCGAAUCCUCGUUUUCAAGGUCCCCCGCCAGCAUCAUACACGCCUCCCCCAAUGGUGGAGCCGCCUGCUGUGCCGGAGGUUAUCGACACCAAGUCCGGUGGUGAAGCGGGUAUGGCUGGAGUGGGUAGACGCGGAUUUGCAGCCGCUGCACGAGCAGCCAUGUUUGCUCUUCCACCUCCAAAUCAGCGUGGCGAUGGGGGCGGCGGAUGGGACGACGGAAGGAGCACACCCUUUCGACAGAAUGGACCUGAAUAUUUGAACGCACAACCGUCUGGGUACACCGGCCCUCGUGCUGGAGUAGGAGCUCCAUCCCCUAAUGCCCCAUAUUCUCCUCUAGUGACACCAUAUGCACCCCAAACACGAACACCUUCGCCAAUGUCAAUACCCACCAGCAACAUACCCCCUUCGAUACCACCACUGAAUACCACAUUCGCGAACUUGUCUACAUCCCCGACCUCUAACUCGUCAAACCCUUCGUCCGCUGGUCCCAUCACACCUUUGGGCAAUGCCCGCCUUCCGUUCUUUGAAAAAUACAAGAAGGGCCAGCCCAGCACACAGGAUAAUGAAAUAUUAUAUGAUUCAAAUAAUCGGAACUUGGAUAAUCCAGCCUCCAGCCCGAGUAAAACUUCGACCCCUCCCAAGCGCUCUCAUUCAGCAACUCCUUCUAUCACCAAUGGUCUACCAACUUCUCCCGCUGCUGCACGCUCCGCAUCGUCUGCAUCGUCUUACUCUGCAAGAACCGGCCGACAACGUUCGAACACAACGACCACCACUGCCUCGGAUACGAAAUCACCUUCCAUUCCAGUCCCAAUGUCACCUUCCUCUGGUUCUGAGUAUGGUUUGGCUUACGCGGAUUCUGAUGCGGAAGACGAAGACAAAGGACUCUUACCUUUCCCUGGUACUAUCAAGAAAAGUCCCACAUCGUCUCCCCGGAAAGGCUCCAUCUUACGAAGUGGCCCUCAACGUGAUGCUAGCCGUAAUCAUAUCCGCUUCCCUUCCAUGACGACAGACUCCAGCGGUUCAUUGCCCCAGACGGCCGCCCUAAAGCCUGGUGCCCAGAAAAGGCGUGAACGAAUGAGUACCAAUUCUAAUUCUGUUUAUUCAGAUAGCGAUGAUGACGACUCCGUGGAUGAGCGCGCCCUGAGAGAUAGCCCUAAAAGUUCGAAGGGUUUAUCGUUACUCGACAGAGUUGCGAAUAGCCAUGCAACUGCUCGUGGUGGCGCCGACCUAGAGGUAGUGAUGGAGACUCUAAUUGAAGACCUUAGUAGCGGGAAGGAUUAUGAGGACCCGGAGAUGAGGCCACUCGACAAAGGGAGGACAUUCCCUACUCGUAGUAACACGGUUCCAGGUGGAAGUUUGCUGCCACAAUCCUCCCCCGAGUCUAAGAAUCCUCCCCCGCCUACAACCAUCGUUCGUUCUCGCACCACACCUGGAUCCGGUCUCAGCGCACACGACCAUGAUCUGAACGCUAAAGUCCCAGAGAAGAGUGUGAAGCCGAAGAAGAUUCGUGUGUGCAGGAAGUGUGACAAGCAAAUCGACGAUGGCCGGUGGAUAGCUAUAGAUGGUGGUGGAGGUGGAGUGCUUUGUGAGGCAUGUUGGAAGAAUAUGUAUUUGCCUAAAUGUCGACGAUGUAAUUUACCGAUUGAAACUGCUGCGAUAUCGUCCUCGGAUGGUCAGCUCAAGGGCAAGUAUCACAAGCAGUGCUUCAGUUGCUCUACAUGCCAGAAACCAUUUCCGGAUAAGACCUUCUAUGUGUUCGAUGGCAAACCAUUUUGUGCAUAUCAUUAUCACGAAGCGAAUGACUCGCUUUGCGCUGCAGCUCUAUGCGGACAACCCAUCGAAGGGCCCUGCGCGGUUUCUCAUUCAGGCGACCGGUACCAUCCCGAACACUUCACAUGCGAGCACCCCGGAUACCCAUGCAAGACUCGAUUGGAAGAAUAUUGGGAAGUCGAUGGCAGGAUGCUCUGUGACAAACAUGUUCACGCCGCUAGAAGCACCUAUGAUGGCGAUAGCGAUUACGGGGAUGACGUUGGUGCUCAAGAUCUAGUGAUGAGCGGUCGGGCGAUGAAGCGUGUGACGAGGUUUAUUGACCUCGGAGAGGGUGGAUUGCGGUGA